UUCCGGCGCGAAUGUCACCGCGGUGCUAAUGCGACGGCUGGAGAAAUCGAGGUGGAAGAAAGGGAUUAACCAGAGCGAGUGGUGAUAUUAAUUCAGGAAGGUUAUAUUUGUGCUUUUUUUUUUUACGACAGAAAGCCACACGUGAUUGACUGAAAGGAGUAGUUUUCCUGCCGGCUCGCUUAUUUACACGUCUGUCUCGAUCAGAGAUUUAGGGAUGAACUGAAAAUGAAUGUCAACCAGCAACCUCACAUGGCCUCUCCUUAUGGACAGCCACAGCCUGGCUACCAGGGCUACUCGCAGUCUGGUUACGGGGGUCAGCAGAUGCCUGGGGGUUAUGCGGCCCCGUAUGCUCCCUAUAAUGGGCCUGCCUCUAAUUAUCAAACCGGCCCACCUCAAGGUAUGAGAGGACCCCCCACCUCCGGUGCACCCCCGGUGUCCGCUGCAGCUCAGCCUUAUUCACAGUUUGGACAGAGUGACGUACAGAAUGGCCCACCAUCUAUGGGUGGCCCACCAUCUAUGGGUGCCCCUCCACAAAGGCCACCUGUGUCUCAGCCAUAUGCUCAAGGAUCAGUGAAUUUGUCAGGUCCUCAGCCUGCAUACAGUCAGCAGUUUGGGAUACCACCCACCAGCAUGCAGCAGGUGACCAAUCAGUUGGCAGGUAUGCAGGUUGCAUCCACUGUACCCUCCUCAGCUGGCCCAGGCUACGCUGUACCACCCAACUCCCAGGCUCCUGUUUCAGCCCCUCCAUCCUCUUUUGCCCCCACGUCUCCUGUCCCCACUCAGCCCUCUCCCACCUUGGGUGCGCCCCAUACACCAGCUCAAUCCUACUACGGCGCUCCUCCUGCUCAACAACCGUUCCCAGCUCCAGCCCCACCCUUCUCCUCUGCACCUGGUCCCACUCAGCUCCCUCCUCCACCCUUGGCUUCACAGCAGAAUUUCAGUCAGGCCUCUCCAUUUUCUUCAGCUCCACCUACAGGCCCUACUACAUCAUAUGGAGGCCCACCUCCACCAGUCCAGGCCACUCACCCUAGAGCGCACCUUCCCACUUCCCAGCCUUCAGCUUUCCCUGGAGGGCCUCCACUGAGCUCUGCCCCAUCUCAGUACCCAGCUGCCAUGCCUCCUGUGUCGCAGCCCUCUCCAUUCCACCCAGUUCCUCCUCCACCCACCACUGCUGCUGGAUUUCCACCUCAAGCAGGUGCGCCUCCCAGACCCCCACACUCAGGCAUGCAGGGUCCUCCUGUGGCUUCUCAGGGGCCUCCCAUGUCCCAAGCGAACCAUGUGACUCCCCCACAGCCCGGGAUGUUGCAUGGACCCACCACUCCUGGAAUGGCACCAUCGCAGCCAGGCAUGCAUGGUUAUCCUCCUCAGCAGAACGGUGCUUUUGGGCAACUGAGAGCUCCUCAGCCUGGCUAUGGUGGACCAUAUUCAGGGCAGCAAGGCUAUGGAGCUCUGCCCCCUGCACAAGCUCCUCCUCCUGCAGCAAAGAGACUUGACCCAGACUCCAUCCCCAGCCCGAUUCAGGUGAUCGAGGACGAUAAGGCAAACAAAGGCAGCGAGCCCUUUGUCACUGGAGUCAGAGGUCAAGCCCCACCCCUCGUCACUACCAACUUCCAUGUUAAAGAUCAAGGGAAUGCAAGUCCACGUUUCAUCCGUUGCACAGCCUACAACAUGCCAUGUACCUCAGACAUGGCCAAACAGUCCCAGGUGCCACUUGCUGCAGUCAUCAAACCUCUGGCUACUCUGCCUCCAGAUGAGAACCCUCUUUAUAUAGUGGAUCAUGGGGAAAGCGGUCCUGUUCGCUGUAAUCGCUGUAAGGCUUACAUGUGUCCCUACAUGCAGUUUAUCGAGGGUGGAAGACGCUUCCAGUGUAGCUUCUGCAGCUGCGUCACAGAAGUACCUCCCCAUUAUGUCCAGAUGCUGGACCACACAGGGAAGCGUGUAGACUGCUACGACCGACCUGAGCUGUCCCUGGGCAGCUAUGAGUUUGUAGCCACAGUGGAUUAUUGUAAGAACAACAAAAUUCCUGAGCCUCCAGCCUUCAUCUUCUUAAUUGAUGUCUCCUACAAUGCUGUGAAAAGUGGCAUGGUGAGGAUUGUAUGUCAGGAGCUUAAGACCCUGUUGGACCAUUUGCCCAGAGUGAACCCUGAUAUGGAGUCCAAUAUACGAGUAGGCUUUGUAACCUACAACAAAGUGCUGCACUUCUAUAAUGUGAAGGCUUCUCUGGCUCAGCCUCAGAUGAUGGUGGUCUCAGAUGUGGCAGACAUGUUUGUACCCUUGUUGGACGGAUUCCUUGUCAAUGUCUCUGAGUCUAGGGUUGUCAUUGAGAGUUUGCUGGAUCAGAUCCCGGAGAUGUUUGCUGACACACGAGAGACCGAGACGGUGUUUGGCCCUGUUAUCCAAGCUGGACUGGAAGCGCUUAAGGCUGCAGACUGUGCUGGAAAGCUGUUUAUCUUCCACACAUCUUUGCCCAUCGCUGAAGCUCCAGGCAAGUUGAAGAACAGGGAAGAUAAAAAACUGGUGGGCACAGACAAAGAAAAGACUUUAUUCCAGCCCCAACUGAGCUUCUAUGCUAACCUGGCGAAGGACUGUGUGGCACAGGGCUGUUGUGUGGAUCUCUUCCUUUUCCCUAAUCAGUAUGUAGACGUGGCAACAUUAGGGGUGGUACCAAUUUCAACAGGAGGUUCCAUCUACAAAUACACUUAUUUCCAGGCCCAGUCUGACCAGGAGCGGUUUUUGAAUGAUCUGAGGAAAGAUGUGCAGAAGCAAGUGGGUUUUGAUGCAGUGAUGAGGGUCCGCACAAGCACUGGUAUCCGGGCCACAGACUUUUUCGGUUCAUUCUACAUGAGCAACACCACAGAUGUAGAGCUGGCAUGUCUGGACUGUGACAAAACCAUCACAGUGGAGUUCAAACACGAUGACAAGCUCAGUGAGGAGACUGGCGCACUCAUCCAGUGCGCUGUGCUGUACACCAGCUGUGAUGGUCAGCGGCGACUGCGGAUCCACAACAUGGCAGUGAACUGCUGUGCACAGCUGGCUGACUUGUACAGGAACUGUGAAACAGACACCAUUAUCAACUACUUUGCGAAAUCGACGUACCGCAGUGUACUGAACAACCCUACGAAGAACGUGCGAGAUAAUCUGGUGAACCAGUGUGCCCAGAUCCUUGCCUGCUAUCGCAAGAAUUGUGCUAGCCCAUCUUCAGCUGGACAGCUGAUCCUCCCAGAGUGCAUGAAGCUGCUUCCCGUGUAUCUCAACUGUGUACUGAAGAGCGACGUUCUGCACCCUGGAGCAGAUGUCUCCUUAGAUGAUCGCGCCUAUCUGAGACAGCUGGUCAGCACCAUGGAUGUGGCAGAGAGCCAUGUCUUCUUUUACCCACAGCUGCUUCCAGUGCACAAGCUGGAUGUGGAGAGUGAUGCUCUGCCUGUGGCGGUGAGGAAUUCUGAAGAGAGGCUGUCUAAGGGUGGCAUUUACCUAAUGGAGACUGGCCUGAACCUUUUCCUUUGGGUGGGGGUCAACACCCAGCAGGAGCUUCUCCAAAACAUCUUUGGCACCCCUGCUUUCAGCCAGAUCGAUUCCAGCAUGACAUCUUUGCCGAUGUUGGAUAAUCCAUACUCGAAGAGACUGAGAGAGAUUAUCAGGUCUUUCCGCAUACAGCGUUCUCGCUACAUGAAGCUGGUGGUGGUGAAGCAGGAAGACAAACUUGAGCUCAUCUUUAAGCAUUUCCUUGUGGAGGACAAAAACAACAGUGGCGGGGCUUCUUAUGUGGACUUCUUGUGUCACAUGCACAAGGAGAUUCGCACACUCCUGAGCUAGGAGAGAUACCAUUGCCCUUUUUAUCUGACAAACCUGUUCUGUCCUCCUGUCAUUUCCCCUCCUCUAAUAUAAUGUUCUAUAAAGUGCAGGAGGAAAAUAAGUUUCUCUCUCUGCUCUGUCACAUUCUGGUUUCUGUCCGUGAUUUGGUUUGGGGGGUGGAGUGUGUGCAAGUGUGCGCAUGAAUCGGCAUAUGUAUGAGGGAUGCUACUGGUAUUUCCCACCUCUUCCUGAUAUAGUAAUGGAUUAUCCAGCACAGCUGCUGUAACGAUCACUUUAUUCCAAACGAACGCUUAAGUGCAGAAUUAACAAUGUGUUAAUCAAAAUGCAAGAUAAUAGGCUUUAAAAGUGCGUGGACUGUGAGUGCGGGAACACCGGCACUAUAGGUGGUAGCAGAUGGCAUUAAUGAUUGAACCUGAUUUUCUGAAAAAGAUCCCGACAAAUAGAAAGGAAAAUUUCCAAAUAACUUAUUGUUUCCUGUAUUUUUAAUUUUUGUUGUCGUGGAUGUUUCGUUCAGCGAGUCGCUUCAUUUUCAUCCAUGGCCUUACGGACCCAUCUCUCAAUUUCUCACACUUUUUUUUUUUUUUUCUCUCUGCUGCCUUUUUUUUUUUUUUUUGUUAUCCUUUAUUGUAAUCAUUUAAUGGUUUUUUUUAAAGUGUGCAGAAACACUUUUUGGUGGAUUCUAUCGGAAGCGGAGUGUUUUAAGUGUGCUAUUCACUGUCCAUGCAUCUAACUCUUUAUAAAGACAUAACACUCGCACUAAAAUUCUAUGCAUCAGAUUAGCUAUGGAUGGAGGAACAUGGAACCAACAAGCCUGAUAUCUAAAUUAAGAAGGAACAGACUGCAUGCUGAGUUAACUGGACAUGCCUGAAGCUGCGCUACAGUGUGAGCGUUGAGAGCAGAUGAAGAAUUCUCCUAUUGUGGAGAGGGUACGGAGCCCAUCAGAGAGCUUUCUGACUGGGCCGGGUGAUGGAGUUCAGAUUAGCCAGCUGGACGGGAGUUUAUGCAGUCGAGCUUUUCUUAAAGAGGAUGGAGACUGUAGUCCAGAUGGCAGCCAUCUUCAAAGAAAGCUUCAGUACCUGAGCUUAUAUUCCAGGAACAGCUCCACAUACUGUUUCUGAUGUCUCCAGAUUUUCUGUUUUGUUACUCUUUUUUUUUUCCUUUCACUGUAUGAUCAAGUGCUAACCUGUACCAUGUAUCAUUUUACAACCCAAUAUUCAUUUCUAAAUGUUUUGUGGGUUAUAAUCCCAGAUCAGGCAGGCGGACUCUGACACAGACAUCAGCACUAGGUUCUUGUUUGCCCUGGUCUUGUCUUUCUAGUGAAUUAACUUUUUUUUUUUGUACAGUGAAAGCAUACAGCAAGAGUAGCAGGAGAGAUUUAGAACUGCCGAUUUCUAACCAUUUUCAAGCAUGUGCAGGAUUGUGACCUGAAAAGCAAUCAAUACUGAAUACCUUGUCAUCACAUGUAUUUACAUGUACAGAAUUAAAAAUCACAUUUUAAACAUGA